GCGCGUUCUGUGCUCAUCUUCGCGAUUUACACCAAGAAGUGUGCCUUUCAGUUGCAAGUGCUGAUUUUGGGUAUCUGCGGUGAACGGCAAACGUUCCAAUCAAUCGUGACUGGUGGCGAGUUUUUCUCGAUCGCAGACGAUCCGAAAUCAUCCACUCCGCGAUGCCAACGAAUCUCAGUCCAGUCGAUGAAAGUGCUAGCUCAUCGACCGUGGUGGAGCCACCAUCUACUAAAAAGGCUGACCAAAUAACAUUAGUGCCUAAACGAGUGCGCUGUGCUGUAUCCAUGCGUGCUGAUGAUACAGACAAAUGGGGCCAUGACUCGCUGGAUGAACGAGAAGAUUAUCAACUUGUUCUUCGCGAUUCGUCCAUAAAGAAUGAGCUCCUGAAUCGUUUGAACACUUUUCGGUGUAACAGGGAACUCUGCGACAUCGUACUUUUUGUAAGAGAACGAGAGAUAUUUGCUCAUAAAGUAGUGCUGGCCGCAGUUUCUCCCGCUCUGUUUGAUAUGUUCUUAACAGAAGACGAAGAGGAGAAUGGAGGUUCUACUGGUGGAUCGAGUGAGAAUGUUCAUGACCCUGGUCAGUUCACUACUACGCUGACCGUUGCACCUUCAACGAAAAAGCCUAUGGCUUAUUUUGAUUUUGCUCAAACUGAUUACGAAUGCUUUGAAGCUCUUGUCAACUUUGCAUAUACUUCCUACCUCGAAAUUAGCUCGAAGAAGGUUGCUGAACUGUACAAAACUGCUUUUGCUCUCCAAAUGACACCUGUUGUAAAAGCUUGCGCAAAUUUUCUUGCCGACAACCUCAAUCUUAAAAACUGCAUAGGAAUUCGACGUCAAGCUAAUUUCAACAAUGAUGUUUAUUUAAUGAGUAAAGUCGAUACGUUCAUCCAAGAAAACUUCCCAAAGAUUGUCGACGACAGUGUGGAAUUUACGCAGCUACCUUGCAUCAGGACCCGAAUUAUCGUACCAGCAGAGGAUGGCCGACCUAUUGAAAGAGUUUCGGUAGAAAGAGGAAUGAGUAUUGCACAAAGUACCCUUGACUAUUUCAAUAGGCUACCUCACGAUAGGAUAGAACAUUCAAUAGAGACGCUAAUUCACAAGACUACCCUACUCUACUUCGAAGAUGACUUUCGACUAACAGAUUGCGCAGACUUGGAUGAUAAAUCCUCUGUCGGUAGCUGUGAUAUCAUUCAGGAUUAUAAGAAGAGUGGCAAAGAUGUGGCGAAAGCGGUGACAAAUGGGUCCAUGGAUGCGUCAUUCAAUGCUCCUAUCCAGCAUCGCGUAACUGGAGCAGUCCCAGUACGACUGAAUGCCAGUCGUGUACCGAAUGUGCGAUACUCAUCUACAGAAAGUUUGAAGUCGCUGGAUUCCACAGACAGCGAUCCGCAAGAUACCAUUGAAACGAGGCUCAUUGCCAUACACCAGACUUCCUCUGACUAUUGGGUCGCUCUCUGUGUUCUUUACCGUCGGCUUGUAGUUCUGAGCAUACAGCUGACAGAUGAUGAAGAUAUUACAAAAACUAAGAAUAACGGAGGCAGCGUCGAUCCACAAAAAACAGCGUUAUUGUCGCGAUUAAUCACAUGCACAGGAAGUCAAAGACGGCCACUAGCCUGCAUGAAUGGAGCGCGUUGUUCAAUUGGGGCAUCAUUUGUAAAUGGAAAAAUUAUUGUUUGCGGUGGCUACGACCGAGGUGAAUGCUUGAAAUCUGUGGAAGAAUAUGACGUGAUGACUGGUGAGUGGAAGCAGAUGCAUCCCAUGUUAGAAGAACGAGGACGAUUUGACAGCGCUGUCUUGAAUGGAUUGGUCUAUGCUAUUGCCGGAAGUAAUGGCAACAACGAUCUGAAGACUGCUGAAGUUUUUAAUCCGAAGACCAACCAAUGGUCUCCGAUUCCACCGCUCAGUAAGCCGAGAAGCCAUAAUGGUUGUGCAACUUUGGAUGGUUUCAUAUUUUGUGUGGGAGGUUCAUGCGAUCAAGAGGUGUUGAAGGAAUGUGAGCGAUUCGAUGUUUCGCGGCAGGUUUGGGAGCCAAUAGCACCUAUGGAGUUAGCUCGAUAUCAAGCAGGAGUCGUCGCUUGGCGCGGUCUCAUCGUGGCAUGUGGAGGAUGCGACAGAUGGAAUUGUAUGGAUACAGUGGAAGCGUAUGAUCCGAAAACGAAUACAUGGCGGAUGCUGCCGAAACUGCGCACUGCGAGAAGAGGAUGUGCUGUGGCUGUUGUACGUGACACGCUGUACGUGAUUGGCGGACACGACGGUCAGCAAUCGCUAUCAUCCGUUGAAGUGCUCGAUCAUCCGGCCGCCGCCUGGCGUCCCGGACUACCUCUCACAACGCCUAGGGCCAACACGCAUGCGGUAGUGACAGCUGGAAAUGUGAUCUAUGCAAUCGGUGGAUUCAAUGGAAACCAAUUUCUCAAUACGAUAGAACUGAUGGACAGCGAGUUGAUGGGAUGGCGAAAUUGGCAUUUAUGUGAUGUUGCCCCUCUCACAGAAGAGGAGGAAGACGAGCCAUCUUCUCCUGCCCCUAAAAAGCCACAAGAUUCGAAUACCAAAGCAAAAGCCGUGGAAGUUGCUUGAACUCGCGUUAAAUUGCAUUUUGCAGAUUCUCAGCAUGGUUUGUACAUAAAUUCUUGAAAAUGAACUUCUUCGUUCAUUGCUGUUAUUUUAUGUGAUUGUUUUAUCCAGGUAAUAACUUAUGAUAUGAGUUGUGCAGGUAGCUCCUCUCUUUCUUUCAUACUCUCCUCUUCUGUUCCUUUUCUGUUGUACUCUAUAUCGAAAACGGUUUGUUUGAAAAAAGCGUUCAAAGCUGUUUUACAGAAAAAUUUGAUGACUUGAUCACGUACGGUUAUGAUUAUCUGCUAACAUUUGGAUUAAUAAAAAUGGAU